CACAAUUGUGGUGCGCUGAUUAAAACGCCGUGCCAACAACAUGCCAUGAUCUACAUCUAAUCUUUAUGCAAAAGAGUAUCGCCGCCCAUACUUCAUGUUGAGCAUUCCUUUGUCGUGUAUAUCGUUCCAAAAGAAAAAAAAACAAAACAAUAGACCUAUUUGUUGUACCGUAGCUCCUGACCACCAUUUCAUUUCCCCGUGACCGCAGGGAAUCAACAUGAAAGCGUUAAAAAAAGACGCUUCGGAAAACGAGAUCGAGGCGUGGCUCGAUCUCUAUGAAGACGAAGUGUGGAGCGUCAAAAGUGGUUUGUUUUCCCGGAUGCGCUAUCCGCUCUACCGCCUCCACGAAAAGGCGCUGGAGCAAGCGGGGAAGGUGCUAAGCCUCCAAGGCAAAAUUGAUAUCGUGCUGAACGUGUGCUCGCACAUUCAUGACAGAGGAGUAAUGAGCUCGUGUGGGUUUCCGGUCGAGAAGAUUUAUGAGGUAAUGUGUCGCUUUUGCUUUUCAUGCUCUAGACCCGGAUCUUUCGUUUGCUUAUCAUAGCUCAUCUCGCCAUGAUAUUGAGAAACUCCAUGACAUCAAAUCGAAUUCUUCUGCUCGGAUUCAAAAGGCAAAAACUUUCAGGUGCUUAGCGAUGGCUUGGCAAAAUUGGCGCGCAGUGUAGCGGGGCGGAAGAAAGCUGAAGUAGAGAACGAAACCAAGUGGGUUGAGGACCGCCUCGAUUACCUCGACUCCUACAAAUAUGUCACGUCUGGCGAGUUUUGCGGCGAAGACGAGGCGGCGGCGAAGAUCGACCCGGACCUGCUCCUCCGCGAGUGGAAAGCGCAUCAUGGAAAAAAGAAGGACGCAGAGCAGGCCGAGGACGAAGAGCCUGAGGAAGCGAUGGCAUUGGUAUUGCGGCUAGUACUUGUGCAGUGUUUUUUUAAAAAGGCCGGCUUUCCUUUGUUCUCGGCCGUAUUGCCACUGCGUAGCCGGUCGUGAUAGAUAAGUCCUUCCAUUAUGAGUGCUUUUUUAAAAUCUUGUGCGAGUGCGAUGCGGACUACACAGGAACGGCGUAUGGACAAGAAAGGAAUACAAGCACAAAGAACUCGCUUUCCUGUUGCGAGUUGCUCAUUGUACGAUCACACCUUAACAAGUUGUGCAUGACCAAGAUCAUCAAUACAACCAACAGGUAGAGAAAAAUCAAAACGCGGGGGAAAAAAUGAAAAUGGGGCGGCCAGCAAGAUGAACAAGAAAAAGACGAAAACAAGCAAUAGCAUGCCGGCGAAAAUGAAUGCCAAGAACGCCACGACAACCAAGCCCAAGAUGGUCGUGAUGAAGAAGAAUGGAGCCAACAAGAUGAACAUGAAAAACACGAAAAAUAAUAGCAAGACGGCGAAAACUACGAAUGCCAACGCCAAGCAAACCAAGCCCAAGAUGGUCGUGAUGAAGAAGAAGUAAAGCAAACCCGAAUAGAGCUCCCUAGAAAAACCAAAUUUCAUCUUCCUUGUGAGUUUUUUGUAAAAAAACGAACAGCGGCUGCGCUGGCUCGAACAAGCAAAAGUGGACUGUGGUACUUACUAUGGAACGAAAGGAACUUGUAAUGCUGGGCGAAAACCACGGAACGAGAAAAGAACAAAAGGAAAGCGACAACAUACCUUCGUGUUAGUUGUAGCACUUGAAACAACUACCAAUCGCAAUGCAAACCUUGUGUGAAUUGCUCAAUUCAUUGUUAGUGUGACCUCGACCUCGGACCUCCUCUAAAUUGCUAUUGAAUAGCAAAAAUUUGGAAAAAGACAAGAACAAGGUUAAGUAUAAGUGUAAAAGGAACACAAAGCAAGUCCGCU